ACCACCCCUCCUGUGGAUCGACAAGCGAGAGUUAGAGCAAGAUAUUCAGCUCCGGCAGUGAGAGCGCAAGGAUGAGCGGUGCGUAAACGUUGCGCAUUGCUGUGACAUUGAACGCCUCUUGGCUGAUUUUUUCGCCACAUUUUGCAGCACGGAGGAGGACCGAAUCUGGUCAUUUAAACAUGUUUUAGCUUUAUCGUUUCUUUUUCGUGCUUGUAGCUGCAUGCCAGCUUGAGUGAUGAUGGAGCUCGGUGGACUUGAACCAUGAGAGGACACAAGUGGGUCGUCUUGCGUUCACCUCGCCGGCGCUUCCACGUUAACAGGUAGCAACUACAUUUUUCAACCGGGAGCAUUGAUUUUGGGAGACGUUUAAAUGGAAAACACCGCAAACCACUGACCACCUGGCAGCAGGAGGAUGAGACGCUGAUCACCGCAACUGACGCAGGUUUGGAAGAUUCCUGUCUCCUACAGUUUCUUAGAAACAUUUGCUUCACUUCCUCCGUCAUGGAUCUAAAAGACUAUUACCUGUUGGGUGCUCUACUCGCCUGUAUCUGGCUUGAUCCAUCAAUAGCCCAAGAACUAAUCUACCCCAUCAGGGAGGAGCUGCAAGAAAAUGUGCUCAUUGGAAAUAUACCGAGGGACCUUAACAUUUCUCAUACAAAUGCUGCCACUGGAGCAAGUGCUAAUCUUGUGUACCGGCUCGUCUCCAAAGCAGGAGAUAACCCUCUGGUCCGCGUUCUGAGCAGCACUGGUGAGAUAUUCACUACAUCAAACCGAAUAGACAGGGAGAAGUUAUGCCCUGGUCCCUCCUUUGAGGACAGUGAGUGCUCCUUUGAAAUUGAAGUGGUCAUCCUGCCUAAUGAUUAUUUCAGGCUUAUUAAGAUCAAGAUAAUCGUCAGAGACACAAAUGAUAAUGCACCCAUGUUUCCAUCUCCUGUGAUCAACAUCUCCAUCCCAGAGAACACUCUCAUUAACAGCCGCUUCGCUAUUCCUUCGGCCACUGACCCAGACACCGGGCCAAAUAGUGUCCACAAAUAUGAGUUGAUCAACGGGCAAAGUGCUUUUGGCUUAGACAUAGUGGAAACACCUGAGGGGGAGAAGUGGCCCCAGCUCAUUGUACAGCAGAAUCUGGACAGAGAGCAGAAGGACACAUAUGUGAUGAAGAUUAAAGUGGAGGACGGUGGCAGCCCUCAGAAGUCCAGCACGGCCAUCCUGCAAGUUACCGUAACGGAUGUCAACGAUAACAGGCCUGUGUUUAAGGAGAGUCAAAUAGAGGUGCACAUUCCAGAGAAUUCCCCCAUUGGCACAUCUGUUGUGCAGCUUCAGGCCACAGAUGCAGAUGUGGGGGCGAACGCAGAGAUUCGAUAUGUGUUUGGGGCUCAGGUGUCACCUGCUACAAAAAGGCUGUUUGCACUGAAUACGACAUCUGGCCUAAUAACAGUGCAGAGGCCUUUGGACAGGGAAGAGACUGCAAUCCAUAAGCUUUCUGUUGUGGCUAGUGAUGGCAGCCCGAGCCCCGCCAGAGCUAUUAUUUCAAUAAAUGUGACUGACGUUAAUGACAAUCCACCAAAUAUAGACCUGAGAUACAUAAUCAGUCCCAUUAAUGGCACUGUUUUCCUCUCCGAGAAGGAUCCCAUUAAUACCAAGAUAGCUCUCAUCACAGUGUCAGACAAAGACACUGACAUCAACGGCAAGGUCAUUUGUUUCAUCGAGAAGGAUGUGCCCUUCCAUCUCAAAGCUGUAUAUGACAACCAGUAUCUGUUGGAGACAUCUGCCCUGCUUGACUAUGAAGGGACCAAGGAAUAUAACUUUAAAAUUGUGGCUUCUGAUUCUGGGAAGCCAAGUUUGAAUCAGACUGCCUUGGUGAGAGUGAGGCUGGAGGAUGAGAACGACAACCCACCUAUUUUCACUCAGCCCGUCAUUGAGCUGGCUGUCAUGGAAAACAACAAACGCGACCUGUUCCUUACCACGCUUAGUGCUACGGAUGAGGACAGCGGAAAAAACGCAGAGAUUGUUUAUCAGCUGGGACCGAAUGCAUCCUUCUUUGAUCUUGACCGCAAAACGGGGGUUCUGACUGCAUCCAGAGUUUUUGACCGUGAGGAUCAGGAUCGAUUCCUGUUCACUGUAACGGCAAGAGAUAAUGGAACGCCUCCUCUCCAGACACAGGCGGCAGUCAUUGUAACUGUGCUGGAUGAAAAUGACAACAACCCCAAAUUCACGCAUAACCACUUUCAGUUUUUUGUCUCUGAGAAUCUUCCUAAAUACAGCACAGUUGGCGUGAUAACUGUGACAGAUUCCGAUGCUGGAGAAAAUGCUGCAGUUUCUCUUUCCAUUCCAAAUGACAAUGAAAACUUCAUACUGGAUCCUUUCUCUGGUGUGAUAAAGUCAAAUGUGUCAUUUGAUAGAGAGCAACAGAGCUCCUACACUUUUGAUGUUAGGGCUGUGGACAGCGGCAGACCACCUUGCUCUUCAGCUGCUAAGGUGACCAUCAACGUCAUUGAUGUAAAUGACAACACCCCGGUUGUCAUUUACCCCCCCUCUAACACAUCUUUUAAACUGGUCCCUCUGUCCUCUAUCCCUGGCUCUGUGGUUGCAGAGGUCUUUGCAGUAGAUGGCGAUACAGGGAUGAACGCUGAACUCAAAUAUACUAUUGUGAGUGGCAACAACAAGGGUCUGUUCAGGAUUGACCCCGUCACUGGAAAUAUCACCCUGGAGGAAAAGCCAGCAGUGAGUGACUUGGGCUUGCAUAGAUUAGUGGUCAACAUCAGUGAUUUAGGAUACCCCAAGUCCCUUCAUACUCUGGUGCUGGUAUUCCUUUAUGUCAAUGAUACUGUUGGCAACUACACACUCAUCAAUGAUCUCAUCCGACGUAGAAUGGAAACACCAAUUGACCGGAACAUGAGCGACAGCAGUGAAACCUAUCAAAGUGGGGACUAUUUAACAAUAAUGAUAGCCUUUGUGACUGGCGCCUUAGUGGUGAUCAUUGUCAUAUUUGUUACUGUCCUGUUGCGCUGCCGUCACACUUCCAGGUUUAAAGCUGCACAGAGGAAAAAACAGGGGACUGAGUGGAUGUCACCAAAUACAGAGAACAAGCAGAAUAAGAAGAAAAAGCGCAAGAAAAGGAAAUCUCCAAAGAGCUCUUUGCUCAACUUUGUGACCAUUGAGGGGAACAAACCUGACGAUCCUGCCCAUGAGCCAAUCAACGGAACCAUCAGUCUGCCCACCGAAUUGGAAGAUCAAGGGAUCGGACGCUUUGAUUGGAAUGCCACACCUACCACCACCUUCAAGCCCAGCAGCCCUGACCUGGCCCGACACUACAAAUCUGCUUCACCGCAAUCAGCUUUCCACCUCAAGGCUGAUACACCCGUUUCAGUGAAGAAGCACCACGUGAUUCAGGAGCUCCCACUGGAUAACACAUUCGUCGGGGGCUGUGACACCCUUUCCAAGAGGUCCUCCACAAGCUCAGACCACUUCAGUGCCUCAGAGUGCAGCUCCCAAGGAGGGUUCAAGACGAAGGGGCCCAUGCACACCAGACAGCAGAUACACAUUCUCCAAAAAAAAAAGCAUGACGAGAAAAAGACAUUCUGCAGCACUUAAGGUAUCUACAGCUCAUUUCUAUUCCCUAAUUGGUAAAAUAAGAGUAGAGGGUGGAAGAAAAUGUUUCUUGACUUCUUGCUUGUCUACAAAAAUGAUCUAUAAAGAACUAAGUUGUAAUGCUACAUCAUUGUGCGAAUGCCCUCACCUCGAGAAUGCAUCUCUCCUUUUCACCCCAAACCUGCCCCCUACCCCCCUCCACCACCACUUACCUUCCCACUCCCACUCCCCAACCCUCACCCCCCCCCCCCCCCCCCCCCAUCUCACACCUUUCACCCAUCUUUUAUCGGGGUCAAUGUUGUUACAUGCAAUGUUUAACCAUGGAUGGCGUGCUCACAUUUUUGUGUUCUGAUCAUUUAUGACAGUUGGGAGUGCUUUGUGUUCAGUGCCCACUCUCCUAUCUGUAGAUGGCGGGUGGGUCGGGGUUCUAAAAGAUGGACGCAGCGGUACUGUAUGUCCUGACAUGACAAACCCAGAGGGAGAUGUGUCCUUGUCAUUCAGUUGUUGUUUCAUGUGACACACGGGCCGCUGCACGGCCACUAGCUUGUGCCAGUGUCUAGGCUAAUAGUUGUGAUAAUGGCUUUGCCAGACAAACAAGCCCCAAGCUAGCGGCGAAGGGGGACGGUGUGGGUGGGUGUUUGACAUGAAAUGUGACUGCCAUUGACUGCUGUGCCACACGGCCUCAUCACUCAGACUCUGUAACCCUCAUCAAUGUAAAUCUUUAUUGUAUAUAUGAGAUGUUUCAUGUAUAACUGAACUCCUGGUAAUUUUGCCUAAUGUGCUGUGUUAAAAAGUAAUGGACUUUAUUUUUGGUUUUAUUUGCACUGCUUUUCUUUUAUUGCUGGGUCAUCUGAAAAAAUGCCAAUUAUUUAGUACAAUGCAACUCAUGUUCUUGAAAGCUUUAUUUGAACACUGCUAUUCUACCUUCAUAAUUUCAUAAUAAAUGUUUCCAAGAGCUCAUUUUCUUGUUUCUUAUCUGUCAGUUUGUUCCCUUUUUGUGAUGUGAUAAGACAGAUUGUGUAAACUGGGACUUGUCAGGCAGCUGCGGAAUUAAUUGUCAACUUGCUCCAAUCAUCAGCUGCCAAGGAAAAGCAAGAUUAUUGGGUUCGAACAGAUCCAUGAAGUAAAGAGCAUGCAGGUUCACAAACAUGACACGCAGGACACUCGGGAGAUUUUUUUUGUCAAAUUUUAUGCAAAAAGUAAGACAGUGUGAUUAGUCGAACUACGAUUUCUAGGGCUAAUAAAAGCUUUGUGAUUCUUAUUCAAAACCCAUCCUUUUUCGAUGCCGCUUAUCCUACUGGGGUCGCGGGGGUAUGCUGGAGCCUAUCCCAGCUGACUUCGGGGUACACCCUCAAUCGCAGGGCAUCUUUACUGAAAAUGUUUAUUAACAUUUUUAUAAUAACCUCCUAACCCUUGAAAAUGGAUGGAUGGAUGGAAGGAUGGAUGCACCUCCUAACCCAAACUACAACAUCAACAAGACAUGACACAGCAAAAUAUCAAUUAAAAUGUGCAAAACAAAGAGACAAAGCAGCACCCAGCGAACAGUUUUUGCUAGUCUUCAGCGGAGAUUGGCAUUCCGAAACUCAAAGUGCCUCAGCUUUUGUUUCCUGCUGCUCAUUUCCAAAGCGUAGUCGCUAAUUGUGCAGCAACCUUCUCUCACUCUUGUCUCCCUCCCUCCUGUUUGUGUGCUCACAACUGUGCGGUGUGUAUCACCCCCCCCCCUUCCCCUUCUUCACAUCCAAUACUGUAUGUUCAAUCACAUGGGACUUUAACGGAAAAACAGAUGAGAAAGAAAAAGACGAACAAUCCGUCACUCAUGUUUACACAGGAGGCCCUGCCUUAUUUUACCCAGGACGGGGAAUGAACUCACGCACGCUGCCACAAAAGGCAAGAGUGUGUCCCGUUACACAACCAGGAAUCAACAGAAUAGCUGGUCAAUUCUGGUCUUUUAUUCUUUCAUUGGUGACAGAGCGGGAAAGGGCUGAGAAUACGUUUCUCACGGAAAUACGGGAGAAAAUGUGACCCUUUUCAACUCAAUAGUGGACGUGCACUUUUGUUUCUAAAUAAGGGACGAUUCUGCUUUUCAAGGAACGGUUGGCAACCCUAGAGUCCAUGUAAAGGUCACAGCACAGAAGUCCGACAGAAACUGAUGUUUUACUUCAGGAUGGGGGAAAUCACCACCACUGCGUUUUGUUUUGUAAAGAUGAUGAAACCAAAGAAGAAAGAGGUUGUUGCUGCUAUAUGAUGAUUUCAGUUCAAUUCCCCGCAUAAAGCCAUUAUUUCUAUGAAAACCUGCAUAACUUACAAUACAAAUCAGAAGUGUGUUAUUACGAGACUACAUGCACGGAGUAUAAAACAUGUAUAUGCACAUUCUGUUAACUUUCUCUGAGGUUAGUGAUGCUGUUCAAGUCCUCAUUUGUAAACAUCAGUCGUCGGAACCAGGCACCAGAGCAGCAUUCGUAUACAUGUUACCAGAAUGAACGGUAUUCAUCUUUUUUUUUGUUGUCAUAUUACAAAACUCAUACUUUUAUCACGUAAGGAUGCAAAAUACUCAUUGGCUGUACUUUCUUUCAUUCUUUGCAGCAAAAUUCACAUUAUGAAGCUCAUACGCUCAUUGUCACUACCAAACACUUUUUCUAACUGAAAGGUAGGGUGGCCCGAUACCACUUUUUCAUGCUUGAUUCUGAUACUGCAAAGCUGAUACCAAACCAAUUCAAUACCAAUACCAGCCUUCUCUAUAGUAAUAGACUUGUAUGCAUGUACUUUGCUUAAUAAAGACAUUAAAAACAUGUUGAAACAGUGCAACAGAUAUUCUGACGGAAGAAAUUCCGAUUAAAUUGCCCACAACAUUAUUAAAUUCUAAAUUAAUUCUGCUGCUGCUUUUCUUUAUUUAAACUGUAAACAAACAUACCUUAGAAUAGCAUUUUUGACACCAGACCGAGGAGCACCUUUCAGAGAUUUUAAAUCAAAUUGAAUAAAGUGAAACUUUACACAUCUGAGUCUUAAAACAAAUGAAAUUGGAAUUAUAAUUCCUGUGUACAAUGAGGUACUUUACACUCCAUGUGACCUUUAUCUCGAUGGCAUAAACAUGACAUGACAAAAAACAAGUCGGUAUGUGGACCGCAACAUAAAUAAUUAUGAGUAAUUAUAGCUUAACAUAAAAAUAAUAGCUUAGCCACUUGAUGUGAUGACAGUAGUGCUGGAAUAAUUGACUCAUCCUCGAGCUGCUGUGUUAACUAGCUAGUGUGCUUUUCAAUAAGAUCAUACGGGUUAUACAGUAGAGCCGCACUUUUUACAGGGGUUAUCUUCCGAGACCACCCACAAAUGGUGAAAAAGCAACUGAGGCCCCCAUUAAAGUGUCUAUUUUGGACACUAAUCAAGCUUGAGCUAUGGGUAGGCUUUACUGUAUAGAAAAACUAUUUGUGUGAGCUUGACAUUUGACAUUUCUCACACAUACCAAAAACCAAUAGGAGAUCAUCAACCCAAACGCCUACCUCACUCAUGGUGCAACAAAAAAUAAACUGCAAAACAAUACUAGCAUUUAUAACGGCAUGCUUUUUUGUGUUUUGCAUGUACAUUAGCAUGGAAGCGUCUAUUUUAAUACCAGCAUAGUCAGUGUGGUACAGUAUCAUUGCGUGUUCCAAAUGUGUUACACGAGUGAGGCAGGCAUUUGUGUUGAAAACCUCCUGCUGGUCUGUGUUGCGUGAGUAAGACUGUAAAUACUAAGUAGAAUAAUUGCAAAUACAGACCACCUCCAGCAAGUUCGAGUUUGCCUCUGACUAUGUCCAGUGCAACUUAAACUUGCCGCAGCGUGCUGCCUUUCAAUGCAGCUAUGUACUAUGCUGACAUUAUUACGACAAUCAUUACUACGGUACAUAUUUGUAAAUUAUGCUAGUGUAAAUAGAAUGGGUGUUCUCGCAAAUAACAGCCUAAUUAUGGAGUUUAAAUUUUCCCACACAAAAUAUAAUGUUAUAUUCAUGGUCUCGAAUGUCAUAUGUGAGGAUCCACUUGAGCCUAUAUAUAUAUAUUUUUAGUAUUUUUUUUUCUGAUAGCAGAUCCAGUAAAUUUGGCCAGUACUGGACCAAUACUGAGUAUCGAAUUGAAGCAUUCCUACUAAAAAGCCAGUGUGCAGAUUUUUAGCUAACUAGUCUUAUAUUACAUAUACAUGGUAUCAACUUACAACUGCUGUCCAUCACAGGGUUAACAAAUGUCAAUAAAGAGCAGCGUCGCUUGCCUCACAACAUUAUGGAAAAGAUGUAUAUUUUAAACAGCCAUUUUUAGUUUGUGCCAUAAUUUGUCUUGCUAUUUACUAUUUCAUUCGUGAAUGUGAAGGUUUUCUUCAGACAUCAUGAAUUUCUCUAUUUCUCUGCAGUUGCCACAUAUGGAGCACACACUGCAGAGUGAAGUCAACAGUGAAUCAACAUCUCUCGGCUAUCAUACAUACCUUGACACAAAUCGUUAAAGACCUACAUAUAGACGUGCUUACUCCUUACGCAAUUUCUACUAAUAGUUGGCCAUAAGUCAACAUUGUCAGCCACCUGCUCUGUUGCAGUGUAUGUAAGUGUCCCCUGAAGUCUACUGUAAUAACCUGGGCUCAUAUAAAGUUGCUUGGUACAGUUGUGCUCCACAUUGUAGUCAUUGCGUCCUGUGUCCAUAUUACCAUACAAUCAUCUUCUAUUUGAACAGUAUGUGUCACUUUGUCUUGCAGGAGGUGUGUGUGUGUGUGUGUGUGUGUAGAAAGGGGAAAAUGCCACACCAUCAUAUCUAUGGAAAGUAGGCCUAACUCAGCUUAAUCUGUUCACUCUGUUUGAAAUCCAGAAGCAGAGCUUAGUCUGUAUUAGAGUGAGCAGGAAGAGGAGGAAGGAAAAAAAGGAUAAAUAAAUAAAUAUAGGCUUUAUACUUUGGCCUCGUGCAUGCGGUCACUUUCAGAAAUCCAUGUGCACUUUCAAAAUGGAAUUUGAAACCUGACUUUUAACCUAAAGUAUAAUCAUAUUGCCUUCCCUAACCUUCCUUCCCAGAAAAGUGCAAGGGAGACUACAAGAAUUGCGUCAGUGAACGUUCUGAUAAGAAUAUGUGUCUCCAAAAUCAAAUGCACAGGUUUCUCAAUUUUGGGAACUUUUCCCUGGCUAUGAAAAAGGCCAACAUGGUGAAAAGGCAAGUUUGCUUUUUUGGAAUGUUGCAAUUCUCAAAAAACAAUGUGAACACUCCUGAGAUGAAAGAUGUCAAUUUCGGAUUAAAACGGUGGUUAAUACUGCUGCGAUCAAUUGGCCACCGAUCAAUAUCGGCCGAUUUCCGUGGAUCGGCAUACGUCAAUAAUUGCCUUUCAAGGCUGAUCACCUCUGAUUAGUACUAUUGCAGCCUACAGCCUGUCGUGAUCCUUGUGCAGUGUAGUGUCUUGCUCUAAAGUCUUGGAGAAGCGUCCCCCACCCACUUUCUUUCAUACUCCGCAGGCAUGCCGAAGCCCGAACAAACAAGUCUGCCGUGUGGAACUUACCUGCCGUUUGUAAGAGUGAAAUAAAAUGAAAAACAUCUCGUGGGGGUAGCACGUUAACGAGUAUGGUGAGUUUUCGAGGCUCACGGUGCAGCAUCAAUCAAACGGCAGCUCAUGCAGCCAACCCGUAUGUGCUUGACAGUCAGAAGGCAAAACAAAUAACCCGAAAAAUAAUUGAAUUAAUAGGGCUUGAUUACCAGUUUCCUCAGCACACCGAGUCCACCGACUGCUGUCUUACUUGGAGCCCACCUACGAGCUGCCUGGAAGCCCUGCUAGAGCUCCACCAGACAUUGUACUCUCACAUUAAAAGUCUUCUUAAAGAAGUUGUCUCAUCAAGUUUCACAAGUGACAGAUGCUGAAAAAGUAAGCAAAAUAUGUUUUUGUCUAAAUUAAGGUGAGUUUAUGGUUUCUUUUUUCAGAUCAUAUAGCCAGUAGCAGGGGUGCAGCCAGGAAUUGCGGGCAAAACAUGUGCAUGCGCAUGAAAAACAAAUCAUGUUGGGCGCCCUCCCUCUUUUUAUUUUUUAAUAAUUCCCAAUUUUUUUAGUCGGGCAGUCAGGGGGCAUUGGAAUUGUCUUAACUUUACCCCCUUAUGCAGCACCCCUGGCCAAUAGCAGUCACCAUAAAUGAAUCGAAAAAUUCACAGUUAAUCCAUGUGAUCGGUAUUGGUAUCGGCCGAUUUCACUCAUGGAUGAUUGGUAUCGGAAUCGGCAGAUAAAACCCUGAUUGGAGCAAAUUGUAGCGUUCUCCAGAUACUGUGGAUAUGCCGUUAAAGGGUUUGCCAUUAGAUGAUCUCAUUGGCUCUUUCGUAAGUACUCUGACUGUCAUUACUGUAUUAUUUCAUUUGAAUGCAUUGAAAAACACGUCUGCACAAUAGCAGUGUGAAUGCUCAACCCUCAAGUACAGCAGAUGCGUGCUCUCAACGUUUAACGCAUGCACAUACUGUAUAGACAGUUUUUUGGGUUUUUUUCCAAAAUCCCUGCUAUUUAUAUUCCCAUUAAAACACACAUUUUGAUGACAACAAAUAGGAAAAAUACAUGCAACCCUCCCCAUUCAAUAUAUUCCCCAGCAAUACAUCCUUUGUUGCUUGACAAUAUGCUAUUGUGCGGCACACAUUGUGCGAAAACUGAGGAUUAUAUGAGGUUAAUAGAGGAAGCCCAAGUACCUUUCAAAAUAGUCUAUGGUGCACAAACGUGUAGCUUUUUUUUUGGACAGACAAACACUAUCGGUCUUUACAGCAGUCUUAAAAGUGCUGUGUUUACAUUGUGCGUUAAAAGACAUGGGCAUCAUCACAUUAAGUGUACAGGAAAGAGCUUAGUGAGUGCUUACACAAUUAUCCACAAAGAAAUUAUGCCACAUGCUUUUUCUCACCUUACUUUGGCAGAAAGCAGAGUGAUGCUGUUUUUAGCCUCCUCGAAGCAGCACCUUUGUCGCUGUGCACUGCUCUGCCAUCAGGUCAAUAAAGACGACUGACUGAGGACUCAAACAUGUGAUUUACUUCCAUUAUUUGGGAAAAUAAUGUUUUUAGUGAAAUACUAAUAUACCUAGUUCUGAUGUAGAGUUGGAGUUGCAUAAUAUGUCUGCACAAGAAUGCAGGUAUAAAUGUCUAAACAUUACUGAAUGCUGCUGAGACGCAGUGUAGACCUCUGAUGUUAGUGGUUCGUUAGUUCCGAAUAAAACCUGGCUGCGCAAGUUUUUCUUCACUUUCCCUGUGUGACACUCCAGCGUGACACUGCUUAGUCUUAAGGGUCAGUUUGGAGAAAGUCGUUUUAGAAUGUGUGUGAGGCACUUGGUGAAUGUUUUCACAUUGCAGAUAUUUGGCUCAAGUCAAUAGUGGUUGGAACUGAGAUUGAGAUUAGAGUGCAAGAUCCCAUUAGGGGAGCAUGCACCGUAAAACUGACACUUUAUUUCUGAAAUUCAAUUCUGGCUUUAAAUAAAAGUUUUCAGAGGGCAAAAUGAUGCAAUAAAAUACAAAAUAAUAUGAUAGGGGAAGCACUCACUCAAGCAAAAUGAAAAUCAGUUAUCAGUUAUCAGUUAUCGCUUGCUACUUCGUGCUUCGAAUUUCACGGCUUCACCCUAUCAUGGUUUUUCAAAAAAUAUACUCAUUAAUAAAUCAUGCUGUUUAGAGGUUGAUUACAGCCUAUUAUUACUAUUUAGUAUGUAUCUUUUGUCUAAAUUAAGCAUUUUCAAGCAUAAAAAUUGCCAAAUGAUUUCAAAUACAAAUAUAACCCAUUCAGAAGACCCAUUCAAAGACGCUGUGAAUGAUAUGUAAUGUAAUAAACUGGUCCCUAGGUGUCAGUAAUGUUACUGUAAUGCUCGGUGAGACACACAAUCACUGACUUGGCUUGAUCACUGGAACAACAGGCUUUAAUUGCAAGUUUGAAUUAUCCCACAACAGGCACAAUAAUUCCUAAAACUAAAACAUGGGCUACUGUUGCAGUCGUAAAAAGAUGCCAAGCUAAAAGUCAAUUCUAAACCACUGACCGCCAUGCGGGCACAUUUAUAGCAACACACAUGAGCACAAGUCUUAAUUGUGUCUUAAAUGGUUUAUUUUGUGUUAUUAUAUCUCCUAUAUUGGGUAGUACGAGUGUAAAGGUGACGAUAGGGGUGUUAUUUAGAGAGCUCUAAUAAUGCUAAAAAAAAACGCAUUAAGAAGGCCGUAAACAGGUUUUCUCUAACUAUGAAAAUAUUUUAUUUAUAAAGAGGAAUUCUGCUUUGUGGAAAUUCACUUAUCACGGCCGGGUCUGGAGCCAAUUCACCACGAUAAACAAGGGAUUACUGUAUCUUAGAAUUAAGAAACUAGCUGGAUAAGUAAUGUUGUUUAUUGAUAAAAGGCCUUGGCACAAUUGCCAUGACCACAAGAACACAAGCGUCUUUCAUGUGAUUUGGGCAAAGGAGGCUGAAUAGCUGAGUCUGCUCUCCACAAAGCAUACCGACUUCAGUAAAUAUGCUUACAUAUGCUAUGCGUUCUCAUAUCUUUGCAAGAACUGACAGAUGCCUUUUGAACACAGAGCAUUGGCUGGGAGCUCCACUAAAUUAGUCAUCUUCCUGACGCUAUUGCACUGAAUUAGAAUCUGGAUCCGUCAGAAGCUUGAAGUAGGCCCAAGAGUUUUGCCUUUUUCCCUCUUGCGGUCACAUUUCUCGAGUGACAGCAUGGCCUUGUCCCACGGACAUUUCCUUCUUGUGUAAUCUUUCUCAUUCAGUAUCUGGUCACUCAUCGUUUUUCCUUUGGGUGGAAAUAAAGAAGAAAGGUGAGUAUCUUUCAGUAUGUAUCCCCAAAUGGCGAGGACCAGAAGAUAAACUACAGUCUCAUCGCCAUGGUUAUAUCACAGGGUUCUUCUGGAUUGCAGUGUUACGAUGUUGCAGAAAGCCCGUCUACCGUAAUGCACAUUAUGUAUGAGAUCCUCACUGAAAGAAGGUGCAGUGGUCACACCACAGGGAGCCUGAGGUGGUUUUCUUCCCUUUUCAUUUCUGUUUUCAAGACACUGACAUAUGCGUGCAUGCAUCCCGUAUGCUCUUAGAAAGAAUGACAACGGCCUAAAGGUUACAUAGGUGAACGUUCGACCGGAGGUUUGUGGGGUUGUUUUUUGAACAGGCACGACAAAUUAGACUUGGGAGAUAAAACCACCAUUGCAGCGCCAUUCAGCAAAGCACUUAAACCCCACUACUGGAUUUGACUGGGCUGUUUCCUGUGGGCAUUUUUUCCCCCCAGUAAAGAUCAUUUCUUCUCAGUGACUGUACUCAGGAUGAGUCAAAAGCACACAACAGUUUUUAUUCAUGUUGUCUGUGUAAUAUUAUUACCUUCUCUGUGGAAAAGAGAGGGCAAACUCCAGUAUAUGGGUAGAUAGGUAGCUACAAGUACAUAUGAGUCUUCACAGCAGUUAAAUGCUAUUUAGAUGCAGCAAUUUUGGGGUGUAACAUUAGAAAAGGAAGCACAUUACUAACAAUAACACCGAAUCUCAUUUUAUAGGGAUUUUCAUGGAUUUACAUUCAAGCAAAAUGUACAACAAACAAAAUGGAAAAUCCACCAUGAUUAAUUUUAUAUGCAAAUAUGGAAUCUUUGAAUUAUUUUAUGAACACAAAAAAACAACCUAAAAAUCAAUUAUGGGGUGAACCACGAUGUUGAUUCAGAAUUUACAGUUGCUUAGACAGUUUUGCUGUCAACAAAAGCUUUAAUUGUCUGAUUAGAAGUUUGCUCCCUCUGUUUGAAUUCAGUUAUUCACAUAAUUCAGGGAUUUCAGUAUUUGAUUCAGUGAUUCAGUAUUUCCCACGGUGGAUAAAAAAAAGUUGACUAAUUCGGUCAAAGUCAAAUUAUAUAUCCAUACGUAUAGACAUACAGUAUAUAUCAUAAAUAUCCUUACAUUUUUACAACAUCAUGAAUAGAGGCUCUUCAUCAAGACCGCUACUACUCCCUGCACUAAAUAAUCCACAGAGGAGAGCGCAUAUAGAGAGAUGUAUGUGUAAUUUAGUAGACAUUUAAUGCUCUUCAGGGAGCUAAUUAGAUAAGAAGUUGUGAUGUAUAGCUGCUUGAGGGAUGUGUGUCAACCCACUCCAGUUCAAUGUAUAGACCACAGAUUUGUAUUGAUAGUGUGCUUUGUCUUGCGCCUCAGGCUUAGACAUAGUGCACCGAUGCCUUUGUCUGGCGAGGCGAGCAGAUAAGGCUUGUGAUAAAUCUACCCACGAAUAAGCUGUCAUCGAGGUGCCGCACAUGGGAAUAUUUAACACAAACAUAAAAUAUAGCUUGUCUGUUGUUUUAUCGUCAGGGGUAUACGGAAUGGCAGGGUUUUAAAAUACCCUCACCUUCUUAUUUUUGCACUUUCUAUCUCUGCAGGCCACGCAGACACAGAAGCUUACUGUCUUGCUCGGCUUUGUUGUUAGGACCAUGGAGUUAAAAAAAAAAAAAACACAUUGCACGGAAUGGUGAGCCAGCACCUUAUCGCACCUCAGUAAUAUGCAGAGGUGUAAAACAUUUGGCUGCCUUAUUUAGAUGAAAUGAUGUAGCUGUGGUUGUGCGGAGUUAGUGAGGGCUGAAUGGAGUGGUGUUUUGGGGACAGGCAGGGAGGAGGCGAAAAUUGGUUUCCACUAUCUUACGCCACACAUAGAGCUCUGCGCAGACUCCCUUCUGACGAUAACGCAUGCUGAUAAUGGAUAUAUGCACCCAGAUUUAUUUUCUAUUUCCUGACACAACAGCUUUUUCAAGAAACUUCUUUUUUAUUUAAGUGUGCACAUCAGUUGUCUGUUGUGACAAUAGAAAAGCUGGCAGGAGGCAAACAACUGUUUGUCAUGCAAAAAAAUAGCGAUUUCUUUCUGAAACGAAUGUGGUGCUUGUCGUCAAAAAGGUCUUUUAGAAGCAUGUGAAGCAUCAUUAUCUCACUUCACACCAUGGCAAGAAUGUAACUGAUUUAUUCACUCACUGGACACUUCAUUGGGUACACCUACAGUCAUGGCCAAAAGUUUUGAGAAUGACAUAAAUAUGAAUUUCCACAAAUCUGCUGUCUCAGCGUUUACAAUGGUAAUUUGCAUAUAUGGUACGCCAGAAUGUUAAGAAGACUGAUAAGAUGAAUGGAAAUGAAAUGCAAAAUCCCUUUUAGUCAUGAAAAUAAACUUACUCCCCAAAAAAACAUUUCCACUGCAUUUCAGCCCUGCUACCAAAGGACCAGCUGACAUCAUGUUAUUGAUUCUCUGGUUAACAUAGGUGAGAGUGUUGACAAGGACAAAGGCUGAAGAUGACUCUAUCAUGCUAAUUGAGUUAGAAUAACAGACAAGAAGCCUUAAAAGCAGGGUUGUGCUUGAAGUUGUUGUUUUUCCUCUGUUAACCAUUGUUACCUGCAACGAAAAUGAUGUAGUCAUCAUUGCUUAGCACAAAAUUGGCUUCAUAGGCAGGGAUAUUGCUGCUAGUAGGAUUGGACUUCAGUCAACCAUUUAUCGCAUCAUCAAGAACUUCAAGGAGAGAGGUUCAGUUGUUGCGAAGAAGGCUUCAGGGCGCCCAAGAAAGUCCAGCAAGCGUCAGGACUGUCUCUGAAUGUUGACUCAGCUGUGGGAUCAAGGCACCACCAGUGCAGCGCUUGCUCAGGAAUGGUAGCAGGCAGGUGCAUCUGCUUGCACAGUGGGGCGAAGACUUUGGGAAGAUGGCCUGUUGUCAAGAAGGGCAACAAAAAAGCCACUUCUUUCCAAGAAAAAAGGUCAGGGACAGACAGGGAUUGAGCUCCUGAAGACUGGGUUAAAGUCAUUUUUUGAUGAAUCCCCUUUCAUUGUUUGCGACAUCCAGAAAAAAGCUUGUUCGCAGAACAAAAGGUGAGCCCUACCAUCAGCCCUGUGUCAUGCCAACAGUAAAGCAUCCUGAAAUCAUUCUUCUGUGGGGUUGCUUCUCAGCCAAGGGAGUGGGCUCACUCACAUUUUUGCCUAAGAACACAUCCAUGAAUAAAGCAUGGUUCUCCCAACCAUCCAAAAAACAGUUUGGUGACAACCAAUUAUUUUUCCAGCAUGAUGGAGCAAAUCGCCAUAAGGCAAAAGUGACAAGUAACCGACUCGGGAAACAAAACAUCAACGUUUUGGGUCCAUGGCCAGGAAAAUCCUCAGACUUUCCCUUUGAAGACUUGCGGCGAGUGGACAACCAAAAACCUGCCAAUUCUGACACAUUCCAAGCAUUGAUUAUGCAAGAAUGGGCUGCCAUCAUAAACUUAACCUAACUGCCAAUAAAUGUUUUCAAAUCAUGAAAUGCUUGUAAUUAUACUUUGGUAUAUCAUAGUAACAUCUGAUAAAAAUAUCUGAAAACACAGAAGAAGCAAACUUUGUGAAAAUACUUGUCAUUCUCAAAACUUUUGGCCAUGACUGUAUCAUGCCUAAUAAAAUGUAAUAGUAGAGCUGUAUCAAAACAUUUUAUUUGUAAUAUUUUGGCCUUUGCAGUUCUACACUACUGCUACCACAAUCAUAAACAUAUGAUAAUUUCAAUUGACAAUUAUAAUCAUAAAAUAUACUAGGGGUGCACGAUAAUUAUCGAACCGAUAAUCAAUUAAAUUGCGAAUAAUAUGCUAAUGUUAGCAUGCUAACACCUACCAUAAUAGUGGUAAGUGUUUAUAUAAGUGUCCAGCUAUGAAAAUGGCUAAAAGUGCUACUAUGCUAAUGUCAGCAUGCUAGCAAUGCUAACGUGCUAAUAUUAGCAUGCUAACACCUAGCCUGAGCGUGCUAAGUCUUUGUAUAAGUGACUACCCGUGAAAAUAGAUAAAAAUGCUAGUAUGCUAACAUUAACAUGUUAGCAAUGCUAACAUGCUAACAUGAGCAUUCUAACAGGUAGCAUGAUAGCACAAUGUACUGGGAAGGCAAAAUGUCCAAAAUUAGUUGAGAAUUUUGACUUAGGAACAGUUUGAAUUGGUUGAGAAAUGUGGAAGUAAUUAGAACUCUUUAGAUCAAAGGCAUUUUGCAUUCCGAAAAAUGGGAAUGUCAAUGGUAAUUUUUGGUAUGUGGAAAAUGGCAUGAAUGUCCUUAAUUAGUUGAAUGCUUUGAUGUUGGAACGGUCUGAAUCGGUUGAGAAACUGUAGCUCAAAUGCUUUAGAUCAAAGGCAUUGCAUUCUGGGAGAAAAAUGUGGGGAUUUUUGUGCUGUGGCUAAUAGCACGAAUGUCUUGACUUGGUUGAAUGACUUGAUGUUGGAAUGAGGUGAAUCAGUUGAGAAAUGUGGAAGUACAUAGCACUUUCACGGAAAAGUGUGACUUUUGGGAAAAGUGACUUUUUUUCAGUAUAAAUAGCCUGGAUGUCCUGAACGUGUUGAACAGUUUGAUGUUGGAAUGGCUUGAAUCGGUUGAGAAAUGUGGCAGUAGUAGCAGGUAAUUAGUUUUAGGGGAAUUUUGAAUUUUGGGUCACCCCCAAAAUUUUAUCAGUUCUUCCAUGUCCCAUUUCCAAAAAUUCCUGAACAUUUCAUCCUAAUCCAGUCAGAACUUUUCAAGUUAUUUUAAACACAAACAGACAGAUAAAUGCCGGCAAAAACAAAACCUCCGCGCUGCACUUGCACUUUACGCUGCGCUUGGCGGAGGUAAUGAUAGUUCAAUAAGGUUAUCGUAUCUGUAUCAGUCUUGAGAAGCAGAAAGUUAUCAGUAUUGGUAUCGGAAUGGAAAAAAAUAUUGUGCAUCCCUAACAUAUAGCCACAAUUACUGUAGUUGUAUUGAACAGGGUUAGGGUUGUGUGUUUUUUGCCCUUGCGCAUGCCCAGGCUUAGCAGCACUAGCUGACGAGCUAAAAGCCAGAGCUGUCAGCUCAUCAUCUAGCACAGUUCUUUAAGGCAUCAGGGAGUGAGCUUUUACUCGCACAGCCAACCCUGCUGGCAUCCGUUACACUCAUCCCUUACUCUCAUCCAGGUCACGGCACCAAAGUAACCCAUGUGGUCCGCCCCUGCGCACGCCCGGUGCCUGAACCACAGCCCAGACAUUUACAUUGAGCGGCGUAGCCGACAAGCAAAAAGACAUACUGUAACUCUCGCCUUGUCGUCCAUCUCUGUAGGCGUCAGGGAGUGAGGUCUUCCUCACACAGCCAUCCCUGCUGGCAUCUGUUACAUUUGCUUAUUGAUUGGUUAGUGAGCAAGAUUAAACACAAAUUACAUAACCUAAUUCCAUACAAGACUGUGAAGAACUAGGUAUCUAUCUGGGUUAGUUUAUACAAGCUGAAUUUUUGAUGCAGCUCUUCUGGAUUUCAUUGGAUUGUGCAAGUGUACCUAAUAUUGUGCCCUGUAAGUGUAUAGUUUAGUGAUUAAUUGUGACCAGAUAUUGCUCCUCACCUAUGUUUGUCCCGAUUUCCUCCCUCCUAAAUAAUCUUUAAAAAGGGGUGGCUCCAUCUGUCAUGUGAUGUGACCCCGCUAAAUGCUUGCUCUGGCGUUUCAGUGUCCCAGAAACCGGCACAGCUUCCAUCCAGGGAACAAUGAGGUUCCUUCAGCACCACAGACUCUGGACUAUGGUUGCCCCGGGCUAUACAUCACAUGGAAUCCCUCAUGAAUAGUGUGCAUGCACAUGUGUGUGUUUGUGCGUUCUCGUGUAGGGGCAGUGAUGAUGGAACUUUACACUCGCAACACUUAUUCAACGCCACUCCUAAGCUGUUCCUCCAUAACGAUCAGUUGGUCCCUUGUUCUGGUCCAUAUCUUCACAAAAGGAAGUGUGUAUGUGUCCAUAUGCAUGUGUGUGUCCUCUUAUUACAGCACAGCCUCUGGGUUGAUAUCUAUAACCAGAGCAGGACAGAGGGGAUUUAGCUCAGCAUAGUGGGCGGCAGGACUGAUUAACAUCUCAGAGGAUCAUGUUCUUUGAACUUGUGUUGACUCUGUGAUUGGGAGCACACUGUUUUGGGCCAUGUGGGUCCAAGGACAAGGAAACUCUAUAUUGGUUAGAGAUGGUCAUGAGGUUUGCGGACUCUUAUUAGUCGGUCAUCUUGUUUGCCAAACAGUAAUCAAGGUCAAGGUCAAAUUUAUUUAUAUAGCACAUUUCCAACAGUUCAACUGUCCAAAGUGCUGUACAGCAGCCGAUAAAACACAAAACUACACAAACAUACCCAAUGAUAAAAACAGUACAAUUAAAAACCACAGUAAAAACAAUGAAAACAAAUAAUAAUAACACUAAUAAAACAGUAUAGACAAUGCCAGGCUAACCUGUGUUCAAAGCCAGUUCAUAAAGGUAAGGCUUCUUAAGGAUUUAAAAUGCUGCAGUGUUUGUGCAGAUCUAAUGUUAAGGGGCAGGCAAUUCCAAAGUUUUCAACCUGCAACAGAAAAAGCCCCAUCGCCCCAAGAUUUAAGUUUAGAUCUCGGAGCGGUUAAAAGCAACUAAUAGCUGGACCUUAUUGUUCAAGCAGGAACAUAAACAGACAAUAAGUUGGAUAAAUAUGAAGGAGCAAGAUCAUUUAAAAACAAAAAGAAUCCCUUGUUUACCGUGGUUAAUUGGUUCCAGACGCUACCGUAUUAAGUGAAUUUCUGCAAAGUAGGAUUCCUCAUUUAUAAACUGAAUAUUUUUGUAGUUAUGGCAUAGAAAACAUGUUUACAAUCUUCUUAAUGCGGUUUUUAACAUUAUUAGAGCCCCCUAGACAUGAAAUAACACCCCCAUUGUAACCUUUACCUUUGUUUUAUCCAAUAUAGUAGAUGUAAUCAGGGAAAAUAAGCCUUUUAAGACACAAAUAAAACUUGUGCUUGUGUGUGUCACAGUAAAUGUCUUAUGGAUGUGUGGCGGACAGUUCAGUUCAGUUUUAGCUUGUUGUGGGUUACGGCCACAACAAUAGCCUUGUCUGGUGCUUGACUCACCGAACACUUACUGUAAACUAAUGACCAAUGUGGACUACUACAUUCACAAAUGUAUCUUCCUAAUGGCUUACAUUUGUAUUUUAGUUCAUUUAGCCAUUUUUAUGCUUGGAAAUGCUUCAUUUUGGCCAAAAGUGCAUACAGUUUACUUAAAUAUGGAUAUUUUUGACUAAUAUUAGGCUGCAUUAAACCACGAAACAGCAAAAUUUAUUAAUUAAUAUACGUUUGAUAACUGUGAUAAAGCGAAGCCACGAAAUUCGAAGCGUGGUGUGGGAAGGGAUGACUGUAUUUCUGUUUUUGUUUUUUUUUGUCCUGUCUAGCCAUUAGGGCAGAUAGUAUUGUUGAUCUAAAUGCCCUUACAUGCUCAACAGAUUUGCUCUGACAGGGAAAAGUAUGAAAUACUCUUCCCCUGUUAUACAGAAUUUAUUUGACCUAAUUUAAUGUUUUGUUGUUAUGCAACU